CGCACCCGAGAGUGCUCUGAAAUCUGUGUAGAUUGCCACAGUGAAUAUACAAGUGCACCCCUACUCCGAUUUCAGUACCAGAACGCAGAAUAACUAGCUAAUGAAUUUAUGAACGCACAACACCUUAUGAAUAUUACAGCAGCUCACGUAUCCAUGGCUACCCGGAUGGUGCAACUCGCUCAGCCCAAACCCAACCUGCUCCGAUUCCCCGACCGACGGUCAGUCUACUGGCUAGAUGAACUCCCACCUGAAAGAAAUGGCUCCACCACCUCGUUUGAGUUGACGCCCCACUGGUCCCAGCUGUGUGGCAGGAAGCGGCUUAAUUCUGGGUUUGAACAGAGCAGGUCAUCUCCCCAAUGGGAGGUCAGUGUAGCAGCUUUGAGUGCCUAUCCAUCCAAUAGAGUGUGUUCUCUGGCUUUGCCCCGCCUCCCCACCGUAGGCUGGGAACCUGACCGCCCCCUACUGGCCUCCCUGAGCAGAGCAGUGCAGACUGCAGUAGCCAGUCCUAGGGUCUGCCAGUUGGCCUGUCCCAAGCGGAGGCAGGGUCUCUAUUCGCCCCAUUCGUCGAAGACCUCACUGGCACCCCCUCACCCAGCUGCAACCUCCUCCCGACUACAGCUCCUCGCCCUCCCUAAGUCUGACCACCCCCAGUAUGCCCAGGACCGUCCAGUCAGCUGGCCAGUGCCUGGGCCAGUGAGGAAGGCAGUAGCCAGUGAGAGGGUGCAGGUCCUUUCACGGCCCAACCAGCGGAAGGCGCUGUUCCAAGGCUACAACCCGUACACGGUUACCCUAGCUGCACGCUCCGCUAGCGCCUCGCCACGCCUACAGGAGCUUUGUCUGCCCCUGCCGCGGAAAUGCAAGGGCAAAUAGACGAAUGCAUCUCAUCUCACACCUCUACAGUACCUCCAUCCGCCUCUUCUUCAGAUACUCUGUCUCCAGUACAGCAUGUCUAUGUCCCUGAUCACCACUGCUCCAUAUUAAAGACCCUCUAUGAUCUCAUUGAGA